CAUCUUGAAACUGCACGAAUUAAAACUUUAUUUCUAGCAAUUUUAAAGUUUAAAUAAGAAUGGAUCGUUACGUUGUAAGAGAGCAAAGGAGUGGAGGAGAGUUCCCCGAGGGAAAUCAAAUGAUUGCGUUUUCAGCAACUAGCAGUAGACCAGGAAAUAAUAUUACUAUCCCUGAAAAUAAUGUGUACUACAGCGCUUACGGAGGGGAAGUACAAAGCACAAAUGUGCAGCAAUUAGGAACGCACCGAUUAGUGCCGCCUCACGUGCAGACCUACUCGUCAAAUGUCAUUCAGGCACAAGGUCAAAUUGUAUCUGGCAUUGAUCCUCGGUAUUUAGCUGAAUAUGCCGAUAAUAAUGCUGCAUAUUUGCAAACUAUGCAUGGAGUCAAUACACCCUCACCGGCAGAGGUUACCACAUUUGGUAGUGAUUAUCAAAAUCGCAAUUUUAUUGGUGCUGUAACCUAUAAUCGUAAUUUCAAUAAAACUCAAGCAAAUAAUCAAAAUUUCAACAGAGUUGAGGCUAAUAAUCACAAUAAUUUCAAUAGAGUUGAAGCAAAUAGUAAUAUGAAUAAUAAUCAAAUGAAUAAUGCAAAUUUCAAUGGGGCUCAAAUAACAAAUCCCAAUUUCAAUGAAACAGGAGUGAAUAAUCACAGUUUCAUCAAAAAUGAAACAAAUAAUCAAAACUUCAAUAGAGUUGGUAUAAAUAAUAACAAUUUCAAUAGAGUUGAAGCUAAUAAUCGCAAUGUGAACAAAAAUUACAACGUAGCUCAAACUACAACUAAUCCCAGUUUCAAUGGAGCUAACUUGAAUACUUCCAAUUUCAAUAAAAAUGAAAUGGCCAAUCCAAACUAUAAUAGAGCUGAUGCAAAUAAUAAUUUCAAUAGAGUUCAAAAUAAUAAUAAUCAAAGUAAUUUCAAUAGAGGACAAAAUAAUAAUCGUAAUUUCAAUGGAGCUGGAACAAUUAAUCAACAUUUCAAAGGAGCUGAGAAGAACGAAAAUAAACUUAGUGUGCCUCAAAUAAUGCCAAAUGUAGCUUCCAAGAAACAAACUGAAAUUGAUUUAUCGAAGCACGAACUACAGAACCAAGUUAAAACUCGGGGGGAGAAACUAAAAGAAUUGCAAAAAUCUGGUACAAGGGUAUUCUCUGGACCGGUUGAAAAGAUCCUCAAAUGGCAUAAGUCUAUUCAAGAUAUUGGCGCCAUGGUAUUCUACGAAAUUGUUGGGAAAUGCGUGACCGUGCGAGCAGGAGAAUCCUGCGCCAAAAACUUGGUUGUUAGGGAUGAGAACGGCCCAGCUAUCCAGAUCGUUUACUAUGAGAUCGAUUUCUUCUUACCAGAACUGAAGCCACCUUGUACGGUCAGGGUUAUAGGUCGCAUGAUGCCAGGAACCACUCGCUUUCAGGCCUUCAACGUGCGUCCCGCGACAGGCGACGACGUCGCAACUCUGCCCCGUCGCGCGGCUGUCGCGGCGCAUCAUGUCGCCAAACUGUCCAAGGAAUAUGGUGUCGAAGUUCUGACACUUAAAUAAAUAUUUUGUUCAUUCUAUAAUAUUAUAAUUGCCUUUAUUA